GUGUGCCCAAGGAAAAGGCAACAUUGGGAGUACCCUUUCAUGCCAGGACAUUUGAGUUAAAAGACCCGGCUCAACAUGGUAUAGGGGCUCCGAUUAUUAAAAACGGGAAGUUGGAUUAUGACGCGUACAGGCACGUGUGCACCUUGGUCAAAAAUGAAAACUGGCCUAAAGUGAGGUCUGACCAGAAUCGUGACCCCUAUACCUAUAAGGAUACCGAGUGGAUAGGCUUUGAUGAUCCGUACGCCGCUAAUGAGUAAAAAGCAAAUGGGUCAGAGACAAUGGCUAUGGGGGUAUAAUUAUCUGGGAGGUGG